AGCAAGGCAAAACAGUUAAGAAAGAGGCGACGGGCGACGAGCCGAACGGGUCGCCGGCACUCCUCGCUGUCUUAACCAUCCAUCCAUCCGUCAUCGCCGCCGACGAUGCGGCAGUCAAUUGCCCCACGAACUCUUCCGCGACAGAUACGGCUGUCGUCGGGGCGCCCUGCUUCAAAACCCAGAUGACCCCGCAGACAAGUCACGACGAGAGCCGGCGGACGGCAAUGGCGUCCUCCUCCUCCCCGGCGGCUCCGUUGCUCGUCCCUUGGCGAGAGGACCAGGACCGGGACGACGCGGCCGCUCGGAGCGACGGCGGGAGUCCGCGGGAGCAGGGGGUGAUGCAGAGCUGGGCGGAGGCGAUGCUGCUGUGCUGCGGCGACGCGGAGAGGCUGUGGCGCAGGGUGGUGCUGCGCAAGUGGCUGAACGUCGGCGCCGGCUCCGGCGACUCCGACUUCAGCGCCGACGAGGCCGAGGCCGAGGCCGAGGCCGAGGCAGACGACGAGGAGCCCGGCCACCAAGAGAAGUGCUGCUGUUGGGAACACAAGCUGUAUGAUGAGGAAAGGAGAUCGCGUGGACUUGGUGCGGGCACGAUUGGUAAUCAAGUGAAGGCUGUGCCUGACAGACCUAAGAGGUGCAAUUCAGAGACACUUCGUGCUCAGUAUAUCGAUGUCGCUGAACUCAGGAUUUUCGUAGGGACAUGGAAUGUUGGAGGCAGAGUUCCACCUACUGACUUAGACAUUCAAGAAUGGCUGGCGAUGGAGGAGCCAGCUGAUAUUUAUGUUCUCGGAUUUCAAGAAAUUGUCCCACUAAAUGCUGGGAAUAUAUUCGGUGCUGAAGAUGACCAUCCAGUUGCAGUCUGGGAACAUAUCAUUCGUGAAACUUUGAAUAAGAUAUGUCCAUAUAAACCAAAGCACAAGUGUGUCAGCGAUCCUCCUUCACCAUCAAAGUUCAAUCCAUCAGAUUAUCUUGUGAUGGAAGAUGAUUUUCUUAGUGAGGCCGACAAUGAAAGUGAGGGGGAACUUCAUCCAUUGAUUGGACAAGACAUUAAUCCAGUUACUAAUGAUAGUGGCGUUUGUAGAACAUAUGAAUACUCCACCUCUGCUUCCAGUGAAAGAGUUCACGAAGGCGAAGACUUCAGCAAGAUGCUUCCAGUUCAUCUUAUUCACGACAGCACAUCAGUUACUUCAGUGAAGACUCGAACAGCUUCUGCGUCUUUCAAAUUGAGACAUGAGAAUUCUAAUGGUUUUCCAGAAGAUAAUCUAGACCAUGAUGUUAGUACCGAUAAUAGAGUCGUUAAGAGGAAAAAUUCAAAUUUUGUACGGAUAAUAAGCAAGCAAAUGGUCGGAAUAUAUCUUUCGGUGUGGGUUCAGAGAGGCCUUAGGAGGCACAUUCAGAAUUUGAGAGUAUCAACUGUAGGUGUAGGCGCGAUGGGUUACAUUGGUAACAAGGGAUCAAUAUCAGCCAGCAUGUCUAUAUAUCAGACACCCUUUUGUUUUGUAUGUUGCCACCUUACAUCUGGUGAAAAGGAUGGAAAUCUAACAAAGAGAAAUGCAGAUGUUGAAGAAAUCCUUCGAAGAACGGUAUUUAACCCAGUUCAUAGAGUCAGCAUGCCUAAGGGAAUACAUGACCAUGAAAAGAUUAUAUGGUUUGGGGAUCUCAACUACCGAAUCAACCUAUCAUAUGAAAGAACACAUGAACUUAUCUCCAGACAGGAAUGGGAUUUAUUGUUUGACAAUGAUCAGCUAAAAUGGGAACUGACGAAAGGGCGUACAUUUGACGGUUGGAUCGAAGGGGUGAUUAGCUUCCCCCCAACAUAUAAAUACGAAUUUAAUUCAGAUAAGUAUGCGGGUGACGAGCCAAUAUCCGCAAGAAGAAGACCUGCAUGGUGUGAUCGGAUUCUUUCAUAUGGAAUGGGCAUCAGGUUGGAUUCUUACAGAAGGGUGGAGCUUAAUCUUUCGGAUCACCGCCCGGUGUCCGCUGUCUACAUGGCCGAGGUUGAAGUUUUAUGCCAAAGAAAGUUUCAUAAGGCUCUAACAUUCACCAAUGUAGAGGUAGAUGAUCAUCUUUUAUUGGAGAGAUAAAGCACUUGUUGAAUGAAGAACCCUGGACUGUGAGUGAACAUGCUGUUCUUAGCUCAAGGCGCAAUGCCGGUAAUUUCAGACAAGUUACCAGAAUGUACAGAAGCAGAUAGGGGUGGCAGUUUGAUGCAUAAUAGGGAUUGGGUUGUGGGUGUGUGUUUCCGACCAAAUUGGUCGUCCUGUAAAUGAAAAGAAGAAUAAAAGGUAGUCCGACUCCUCAGAAGAGGAUCAAUUGUUCAUAUCUAACAGGAUCUGCAGAGAAAUGAGUAAUGUUCUGCCCUUUUUCUUUA